AUGCAUCGGAUUCAAAGGAUAUGCAUCUGGAAGAAAUUGACAAAUGAACGCCGACGUAAAGUGGCGUUGGCUGUCAAUCGGCCGAUCCUUUCAACCUAUCUCUACUCAACAAACAAUUCCAAUUCGGCUAGGCAGUACUCAACAGCACAAAAUGCUCCUUGCGCGAUCCCAGCAAGCCAACUGGAAUCAAAAAUCCAUCCACUAGGGUGGGAAUUGAUUCAAGCUCAGGUUGAGCCUUAUUUCGGCAACAAUUGGAAUUUCCCUAGUGAGAAGGAGAAAAAGGGGUUCCUUGGUCUUGGGUUAUCCCGCGCCUUUAGUCACUUUUUCCCAUUGACGCUAUAUGAUCGCAUUGAUGUGACAUGCAAAAUGCUUUACUUGUCAUUACUAAUUGAUGACCAACUUGAAAAAAUGAGUUUUACGCAAAUGCUGUCGUAUCGAGACCGACUCAUGAAAGUUGCCCUUGGAACAGCGAGCCCAGACAGAUGUAUCUGUCUUGAGUGGAUGCUUCACGAUACUGUCAUGGCCAUGCGAAGUAUGGACGAGGUUCUGGCAAAUGAUGUCGCCCAGGGAUUUUGUCAGCUUCUGCAAGCCCAGACGUCCCAGGGGAGAACCACAGCAAACACUCUCGGAUCAUACCUCAAAUUCAGGGAGACAGAUGUGGGCAAAACAUUUGGUGCCAAGCUCGAUCUCACUCCCACCGAACUUGAAAAUACCGCCGCUUUGGAAAGCACCGCAUUUAGGCAUGUCAGUGUUAUGAAUGAUAUCUAUAGCUGGGAGCGAGAAUGGAAAGUAUACCAGGAAAACCCAACCGAUGGUGCCCAGCCAUUCUCCGCCAUCUACAUCCUUGCCAACGAGACAGGACUACCAUAUACAGCCUGCAGACGAUUAAUGUAUAGCUAUUGUCGGGAAUUGGAGCUCGUUUUCAAACAAUCCAGCGUUGAAAUCCGACACAACACCAUGGAAGGCUUGACACAUGAACUAAAGAUGUACAUCAAAGGUCUAGAAUACUUCAUGUGCGGCAUUGAGUUAUGGAGUCAGUGGACUCCACGAUAUCGGCAAUAA